CGAAACACGUCAAAGAGUGUGACGUCUACGUUUAUAGAAAGCUUUUAGCUAGCCUACGAAUGUUUUCACUUUGUUUUUAAGGGCGUUAAGAAGGCACGAAACGGAAAGAAAGAGCCUGGAUCUAUAUAUAUAUAUAUAAAUUUUGUAACAAAAAAUAAUAAUAAACCAAAAUACCAAUAGGUCCGUCAUUCAGAUCUUGAGAUCGUGCAUAGACCCCUGUGCAUGGGCCAACUGGUGCCGCUUGAGAUCAGCUGGUUGCAUCCGUUGGGCUUGGAUGUGUAAACUUCAUCACAAAUGGCCAGCAACUUUCGGAGCUACAUCUGGGACCCAGUCCUCAUCAUCUGUCAGAUUGUGUUGAUGCAGUGCAUCUACUACAGCUUUUUGGGCCUGUGGCUUGCUGGAGUAGACAGCCUUGUUCACAGUAGUCGGUCACUCGAUCAGAUCUUCAGUUAUGAGAUCCUUGGUUUUGCAACUAUACUAGGCAGGCUUUCAAUGAUGGCUUUCGUCUUGAACUCUCUUACCUGCGCUCUCGGUCUUUGGUUUUUUAUCCGACGUGGGAAACAGUGUCUGGAUUUCACGGUCACUGUACACUUUUUCCACAUGAUCGGCUGCUGGAUUUAUAACGCCCAUCUUCCAUCGACCUUGUCCUGGUGGCUGGUGAAUGUCGCCUGCAUGGCGUUGAUGGCUGUGAUUGGAGAGUACCUGUGCAUGCAGACUGAGCUCAGAGCCAUUCCUGUUAACAGUGGACCAAAAUCCAACCUGUAACCUUUCUUUCACACAAUCCCAAAGGUCUGUGGGUUGUUUUAACCAUGAGGACUUUUCAAGGACAGUUUCCACAUUUGGUAAACAAAGAACUUCCUUCAGCACUUAUAUUGGGUUAUCAUGUUUUUGUGUCAAGUUACUUUUAGAUUAAGUGCUGCUUAUGAUAAAUUGUCAGUAUUAUGUGUGUAUCAAAAUAAAUGACUUGUUUGAUGCUGUUUCAAGA